AUGCAGGGCCGACACAAUCCACAGCGCUUACCCAACGAGCUUUCCUUCUCAGUUCAUCCCAGAUGCCAACAUCACAACAUUGUCAAAUUGCUUCUUUCAACAAUCACACCCAACACUGCCCAACUGCCGCCCACCCUGGACGACGACCCUGGAUGGCGGCUCGCCCCUUUUAUUGUCCGAUCUUUCGCGUCGCCUCCUCGUCAAUUACAGAUGUGCGAGCGUGAUAUUGGCAAUAGUCAAUACAUGGAGGGCGCCCCUCGACAGCAUUCAUUUCCCAUGACCCCAAAGGCUCGUCACAUCGAGGACCAUAAAGCAAUUCAAAUGGGUGUCACCUCGAAUCGGGCCCUCGUUGCAUGA